CACCACCGCCCCGGACGAGGGUUCCAUGCCCUCAACCAAGGGCGGCACCACCCAGGAUGGCCACGACAUGUGGCGGGUGGGCCGUGACCAGGAGUUGAAUGUAGGUGGCAGACCCCCGCUGGUGUUACCAUCAUUGACCGGACCAGCGCAACUUUCGAUUCCUCUCGGUGCUGGGCUUCAGUGCCGUGUUGAUGUGCACCUGGGAGGCCGUCCUCUUGUACGUGGGAUCGAUCCGGACUGAAGACUGAAGGACAAUGGCUAAUGUCGGUCAGUGGUGCAUCCUACGGUCUCACAGAUGGAGGCAAAGGGGGUAUGAUCUACACCUACCUAGGGGUUCUGUGCGGAUUUAGUUUUCCCAUUCUGUCCAUGGCCGAGAUGGCCUCCAUGGCUCCCACUUCCGGCGGGCAGUACCACUGGGUAUCCGAGUUCGCUCCUCCCAGCUGCC